UCUCUGUAGCAGCCUUGAAGGUUGUAGAUGCCACCAACCACUACCUCGAGCGAUCGAGCGACGCAUCCGGUUCCUCCUCCUCCUGCUGCCUCGUCGUCGCACGGCGAGGACUUCGCGAAGGUUGUUGUGGUGCGCCAUGGGGAGACUGCCGGCAACGCCUUACGCAUCAUUCAGGGACAGAUGGAUAUAGAGCUAAAUGAAACUGGCAGACAGCAAGCUGUUAUGGUUGCUCGUCGGUUGGCUAACGAAGCUAAGCCAACUGCUGUAUACUCCUCUGAUUUGAAGCGUGCUGCCUACACUGCGCAAACUAUAGCUACUGCCUGCAAUGUAUCCAAUCUAGUGUUGAAUCCAGCGCUAAGAGAAAGGCACAUGGGAGAUCUCCAUGGCCUGACGUUUGACGAUGCCGUCAGAAGCAAGCCUGAUGCUUACAAGGCUUUCACAUCUGAAGACAGAAGCCAAGAAAUCCCUGGUGGUGGGGAGAGCCUUGAUCAACUAUCUGACCGCUGUGUUUCGUACUUGAACACAAUAGCUAGCAAGCACAAGGGGGAGAGAGUGAUCGUGGUUACCCAUGGCGCAAGCAUUGAGGAACUCUGCAGGCAUGCCGAUCCAACUAGCUCAGUUCGCAUGAGAAUCCCCAACACUUCGAUCUGUGUAUUCCACAUUUCUAGCACCACUGGCCAUUGGAUCCUGAAGAAGUUUGGAGAUGUCGCCCAUCUUAAGAAAGUCAGCUUUCCGAAGACUGCAUUUAACUGAGACGGCGCAUCUGCAUAGUGCAUCCAACCAACCAUCGGAGCAAUCGGUUGGUCUUGUUGGACCACUUCAUGAUUUCGAUUCACAGAGAAACUAUCCGUUUUUUUUUUAAUUCUUCACCCGGGGGAUCCCCACCUGUAUGGAUUUAAGCUUCCGUCUUUCUCCUUAUCUUCAUAGGUAGCCCACCCUUCAUCCUCAGUGU